AUACGCCGGAAAGCUCUCGUCGAGUACAGUCGUUGUCGUCGUUACCAUCGUGUCCGUCGAAAGUCGUUUGUAAUUUCCGCUUUCGUUUCUAUAUAGAGACGCAAGGGACAACGUUGUUUUUUUUUAAUAUUUAAAUAUAAUAAAAUAUAUUGAGUAAUAUCAAAAUAAAAUUUCAUACGGUUUUUACGGUCGCUGAAAGAUGUCUUCGAUGUAAAUAUCAUCCACAACCAAGACAAAAAUUCAUCUCACGCUAUAGAAUCUACGACUCCACGUCGCUGUUUUACUUAGAAACGAAAAAGCAUUAUCAACCAAACAACCGUUUUUCGCACUUUCAAAAGGGCGCAGCGAAGAACCCGUCGCACCGGUGUCAUGCCAAAAUGUAAUAUAUCCUAAUCGUUAUUGAGGUUUUGUGUACUAAGCAAUUCUGUGACAUCUAGAUUUCAAUACAAACCUGUGUCGAGAUCAUGAAGUUUCGUAAACAUUCGGAAUCGUCUUUGCGCAGAACUCGAGCGUGAAAGGGAUCCAUUUUUGUUGGAAUUUACUGCAACUGCUUAGGUACGCGCGCACCAGACGUUACCGUACCGAUAGGUGCCGCAGACAUGUGCGCGGCGCCGACAUUAGUGGUGGCCGUGUUGUGUGCGAUCGCGGCCACCGCCGUCUGCAACAUGCAGCCGGUGGCCGUGACGAACACGGCGGCAGCGUCGGCUGGGGCUGUGGCCGGUGUGGCGGCCGUUCCGGUGCCGGGGCGCUGCGAAGAGAUUACCAUACCGAUGUGCCGGGGCAUCGGGUACAACAUGACAUCGAUGCCGAACCAGCUAAACCACGAGACGCAAGAAGAGGCCGGCAUGGAGGUGCAUCAGUUUUGGCCGCUGGUCGAAAUCAACUGUUCGGCUGAUCUCAAGUUCUUCCUGUGUUCCGUGUACACGCCCAUUUGCAUCGAGGAGUACCAGCGACCGUUGCAGGCGUGUCGGAGCGUAUGCGAACGGGCACGGGACGGGUGUCUGCCGGUCAUGCAGCGGUACGGGUUCGUGUGGCCGGAGAAGAUGCAGUGCGACAAGCUGCCGGUGAACGGCGGCCCGGAACUGUGCAUGGCCCAGGACGUGUACGAGCAACAGCAGCACGGAUCAGUGAAACCGACCAAGAAGCCGGCCGGGUCACCGGCUAACAAGUGCAAGCCGGGCAGCAGGGCCAAGGGAUGUGAGAAGUACGCGUUCGGCAGCGGCGGUGUUGGCGACGAAGACGGGUGCGAGUGCAAGUGCCGACCGCCGUUGGUGCCCGUCGACAGGGAAUCGGUCCGGUACAACCGCAGUGGCGUGUCCGUGGCCGGCGUGGAUAAUUGCGCGAUGCCGUGCCGGGGCGUGAUGUUCACCGACGACGAGAAGGACUUCGCAUCAACCUGGAUCGCGCUUUGGUCGAGCAUAUGUUGUGUCACCACGCUGAUGACGCUCACCACGUACACCAUCGACACGCAGCGGUUCAAGUAUCCGGAAAAGCCGAUCGUGUUCCUGUCCGGUUGCUACCUAAUGGUUAGUCUCGGGUACCUGAUCCGAGUGUACGCGGGUCACGACGCGGUCGCCUGCGAGCCCGACGGUUCCGUCAAGUACAACGCAUCCGGGCCCACGCCGUGCACGCUCGUGUUCCUGUUGCUAUACUUCUUCGGCAUGGCCUCGUCCAUCUGGUGGGUCAUACUGGCGUUCACGUGGUUCCUGGCGGCCGGCCUCAAGUGGGGCAACGAGGCGAUCGCAUCCUACUCACAAUACUUCCAUUUGGCUGCCUGGCUGAUACCCACCGUCAAGUCGCUGGGCGUGCUGGUCAUGUCUGCCGUCGACGGGGACGCGUUCGCCGGCGUAUGCUACGUGGGCAACCAAAACCCGGACAACCUGAAAAUGUUCGUCUUGGCACCGCUCGUCGUCUACCUGGCGUUGGGCAUAUCGUUCUUAUUGGGCGGGUUCGUGUCGCUAUUCCGCAUUCGGAACGUCAUCAAGCAACAAGUGGGCCGAAGUAAGGCUGACAAGUUGGAGAAGCUCAUGAUCAGGAUCGGCGUGUUCAGCGUCCUGUACACCGUGCCAGCUUCAGUCGUCAUCGGGUGCCACUAUUACGAAGCCCGGUACAUGCCUGACCGCGUGGCCCACUUGGCGUGCCCGUGCUCCGAACCGGACCUCGACACCAAGCCGGUGUACACCAUGCUCAUGCUCAAGUACUUCAUGACGUUGGUGAUGGGCGUCACGUCAGGUGUGUGGAUAUGGUCUGGCAAGACGGUUGGCUCGUGGAAGCGACUGUCCCGUCGACUGUUUGGCGGCGGCGGCGUUGGUGGCGGAGGAGGCGGCGGUCGCAUGUCCAAGGGCGGCCCCAAUCCGGUGCUCGUCAACUCGGGCAAACAACGUAAGCAGCUACAAUACAUGCCAGCGCCCUCCGUCCCGGGAAGUACGCUGCCUUCGUCCCACCACCUGGCCCCGUCGUCCAGCCUGCACCACCACAUCAUCAAACAGGCGCCGCUUAGCCACGUAUGACAUCAGUACGCCACUCCUGCCCUUAGCUACGAGCAACCAGACCCGUCCGAGGACAUGAUGCCCUCCACCACGGGGCUCAGUGACUAUGGUCCUCUUUAAAGGGUCAGGCAGGAGGAAUAAUGAUGAACCAAUAACCCAUCAGAAGAAUAAAAUAUGAUCUCGAUAUGAACUUUUAUUAUUAUUAUUAUUAUUAUUAUUAUUAUUAUUAUUUCUGUACAAUAUACCUCCUACUCGAAUAGACGAACCGCCCACCACAUUUAAAACCCAGACCGGCAUCGGGAACACAUUACAUUGAAAAUAUACGUGUCUCUUUGCUUAUAAUAUGUAACCUGCUACGUGGUUCACACUAGAAAUAGUAAAAUAUUAUGUAACUUCGUCAUUAAACCAAAUUAUCAAUGUGACGUUUUCGACUGGUUUGACGAGUUGACUAGAUAAUUGAAACAAAAAAACGUGUAGCUACCCCGUCAACUUAGGUUUAUUUUCUGGUGCUUUCCCCAAUUCAAUUUCAAUUUAAAUUAUUUUCAUUUUGUAAAUAACUUUAAAUUUAAGAAGCGUAUACUAGUCGUAGUUGUUAAGUUGUGUAUUUUUUUGUUUUGUGUUAACAUUAAGGAACCCUUUUAUACUGUAAUUAAUAUAAAAGGAAAAGACGACAUUCGGUUAUCCGAAAUUACUAUAAUUAACUCAUGUUUUUUUUUUAUAAGAAAAAAAAAAAUAAAAAAAAUAUGAUUUGUUCGCCAAAC